AUGGAGGCAGAUUUGUUGGACACGCUGGAGUCUCUGGGGUACCAAGGUCCCCUGUUGGAUGAGGCGAGUCUAGGUCCGGCUUUAGAAGGCGGUCUGUCAUCUCCCGAAUACUGCCAGCUCUUGUGUUGGCUCAGCUCUCAGAUACAGUUACUAGGUAACUUAGAAGAAAGUGUCAGCUCUGAAGGUGGAGACUUGGAGAGUACGCAGUUGGAAAUAAGUGGAUUCUUAAAGGAGCUCUCUUGCCCAUAUCCUUCUCUGGUAUCUGGAGAUAUCAAAAGCCGACUCCAAAACAAGGAAGAUUGUCUGAAAUUGCUGUUAUUCUUAGGUACAGAACUUCAGGCCAUACAGAUCCUACAGACCAAGAAGUCGAGUUGCUUAGCUCCAAGCGAUGCUGUGAAUAAAGAAAUAAAAGUUAUUUUUGAAGCUCUCAGAUUGCCUCUGUCAUCAACUUCAGAUGUUGUAAGCCAGUUAAAAAGUGUGCAGGAAAAGGUUACAGAGUUAUUGUCAAAAGCUCCGUCAAAUAGCACUAACAAGACUCUUCUUGGUGUGGAACUGAAUGCAGAACAGUUGGAACACCUGGAAAAGAUAAAUGAAGCUCUUUGUAAAGAGUAUGAUUGUCGGCGACGAAUGUUAAUAAAACGUCUCGACGUUACUGUUCAGUCAUUUGGCUGGUCAGAGAGAGCCAAGGCAAAAACAGAUGAGAUUGCUCGUGUUUAUCAGCCAGUGCGAUACUCACUGUGCUCAAAAUCAAGCAUUACAUUAUCACACCUCUUGGCUGCUAGAGAGGAUCUCUCCAGAAUAGUGCGCACUAGCAGUGGUUCAUCAAGAGAGAAGACUGUGUGUCCUGUGAACAAGGUUUUAAUGGGAAGAGUUCCUGAUCGAGGAGGAAGACCAUCAGAGAUUGAUCCCCCACCUCCAGAAAUGCCACCCUGGCAGAAAAGACAGGAUGAUGGA